GCGGCGAGUUUUAAAGGGGCCGCCGUUGCCCCCGCCUCCUUUCGGCCUGGGAGGUUCCCUGACCUCGGAAUAAAACGGCGCUCCUAGGCGGAGGCAGACCCCGCUUGAGCUCAACGGUGGAGCCGGCGGACGAUGUUGACGGCACAUCACAGUGGCGGUGAAGGCUGCAGAACUGGAGCCGGGGGGGGGGUGGGGUAGUCUUCCCACCGGACCUUGACCCAAAAUCUGUCCCCUAUGCAACAAAGCCACAGACAGGCAUUGAGGGAGAAAUAUCAUGCCCGACUACUAUCAGCACUCAGCAGCGACGGGCCGAACAGCCGCCUCCUCCCGAGUUCGAGCGCUCGGCCGCUACAUGGAGCCCGCUGGACCAAUAGUAACUGAGGUGGCACUCUGACUUCCGCUUUGUGAAAUUCGCCCCGUCCCGGAAUCAGUUUUCGGGCGCAUUUAUCAACGACGGCCGCUGAAUAAGGGUCACGUUCCAGCCGUGCCCCCACCCCCUCCGGAUGUCUCGGAGUUGAGCGCGAUGGAUCCCGACAUCAGCGUGGAGCUGCAGAUCCCCUCGCCGGCCGAGCUGACCCAGGAGCACGUGCGGGCCGAGCUGGCCCCGGCCUACAACCGCCGGCCCCUCCCGGGCCACGAGGCCAGCAUCGCGGAGACCUGGGAGGAGCGGCGGCGCCGGCAGCCCUGGCUCUUCGACGGCGCCAAGUUCCGCUUCCACUCGGCCGAGCUGCGGGCCGGGGGGCUUCUGCUGCGGCUGGGCCUCACCUCCUACCGGGACUACCUGGGCACCAACUGGUCGGUGCAGGCCCCCGCGCUGCGGCGGCAGGGCCUGGCGGACUGGGGCGACAGCCAGGCCUACCUGGCCGAGCCCCUGGGCGUCGGGGCCGUGCUCUGCACCGCCGACGACCACUUCGUCUUCCUCAGGAGGAGCGACCGGGUGGCUGAGGCGUCGGGUCUGCUGGACAUCCCGGGCGGGCACCCCGAGCCCAAGGCUGCUGCGGGCGACGUACCGGAGGAAUCGAUCCGGCUGGAGCACUUGUCGGCUGAGCUGGUCGUUCGGGAGCUCUUUGCCUCCGUUCUGGGAGAGAUUCGCGACGAGGUUAACAUCCCCUUGGACAGUUUAAGCAGACCCAUGCUGCUGGGAAUUGUGCGGAACAACAGGAGUGCCGGGAGAGCCAGUGCAGAGUUCUACGUCAGGUGCAGGCUGACCUCGGAGGAGGUGAGGCAGCGUUAUCUGAUCGGUGGCCCGGAGGCUCAGGAAUCGACCAACAUCGUCUUCAUCAGCCGCCAGGACGUCCUGGCGCUCGAGGAGGACGCGAGCAGGUGGCAGGAGCUGUGCCCGUCGGCCAAGGGAGGCGUCAAGCUGUACUCGCUGGUCCACACGAAGCUCGGCUGAAUGAGAGGCUUGGACACUGGGGGCGGGGGGUGGUGGUGAAGUCCGUGGGGGCUUCUCUGGGUGGGGUCCUCUGACGUGCCUGUCUCUCUGUGUGUGUCUCUCACACUCUUGCCCACCCACCGCCGUCCACGGAACCUGUCACCAACCAACCACCCCCUGCCCCUGGAUCCAGAGGGACCACGGGGUGACGGAGCUGUUGGCGAAUGGGUGGAUCUGGUGGAAAAGGGGCAAUUCUGACAGGUUCCCUCGCCGAGGGAGAUCUGGUAUUGGUUUAAAAAGAAACGCUUCUGUAUCGCGCCUCGAACAGACGGGUGUUACUUGCAUUUUGCGUCGGGCCCGGCAGCCACUGUCCUGAGCCGGCGGACACGCAGUCUCCUCUGCGUUAGUCAUGGGGCACGGGGACAGGCCCAUCAGCCCAUCGAGUCCCUGCUGGCCAUCGUGUACCUAUCCCGUUAUCCACAGUCCUGAUUCACGGGCUUGUCCAAGUACUGCGUAAAUGACAUGUUCCGUCAUUCAUGAUGACAGGGGGAUGAGGCCAUUCGGCCCAUUGAGUCCAGCCCAGCUCUCGGAGAUUCUUCCCCCCCCUCCACCCCCACUAGCUGAUUCUCUGUACAUUUCACAUUGACACGUUUAAAGAUUAGGUUUAACGUACAGGGAAACGUAUCGGUUUGUGUCGGCGACCGGCACAGGCUGAGGAUGUGCUGGGGGCUACCCCCACCCAGUGUGCUCUCUCUCCCCACCUGCCCGCCCUCUCUCACUCUCACUGCUGGGGUGGGCAGGAUCGACCCGCACCCCACCAGGUCCCUGGGGCUGACGGACAGCGGCCCUCCCAGCCGCGCCAGCGUUCCACUGGCUGUCCUUUCGGCAGGAGCUCCCUGCGCUACUGAUGCCCCCUUGUCACAUUGCAGCGGCCCCUGGUGAGGGGCGCCCACCUCCCCUCUGGGGUUUGUCGGUCCCAUUCUUCAGGGGGCAGAGAGAGGCAGGAUAAGGGUGGGGGGGGGAAGCAGGAGAAUGGGUUUGAGGGGAAAAAUAAAUCAGCCGUGAUGGGAUGGCGGAGCAGACCCGAUGGGCCGAAUGGCCGAAUGUGCUCCUGUUUCUCGCGGAGUUAAACAUGGCACAUGGUGUGGGGGGGGUGGGGGGAAGAUACUCGGAGCUCGUUGACAUUGCGGUGGUGGUAAGGGAACCCAGGAGCACGUUCGCUGGGUGCAACGGAUGAGCAGGGGUGUGCCCGAGACUCGAUUCAGGCCUCUGGGAGUUGCUGCCGACCAGGCCCCACCCGGUUACCACGGCAAGGACUGAGCGGGAGACCCGGUUUGAAAGCUAAGCAGACACGA